AUGGCUGCGGCGGCGGUGACGACAGCCCGCAAGCGUCCGGCGGCCGACGUUGCCUGUCCCCCGCCUGCAGCCACCAAGAAGCGGGCACGCUAUCAGUUCUCGAGCAUCGACGACUACGACAAGCUCGAGGUGAUAGGGGAGGGCACCUACAGCGUCGUGUUCAAGGCGCGUCAUAGGCGCACGGGCGAGAAGGUCGCCGUCAAGUACAUCCACGGCGGCGGAGGCGGGCCCGACCGCGCCGCCGUCUUCCGUGAGGCCGGAUGCCUUGCCGCGUGCCGAGGCCACCCGUCGAUCGUGCAGAUCAAGGAUGUCGCCACCAACGAGGAGACCGGGGACCUGUUCAUUGUGAUGGAGUUCGCCGGCUCCAGCCUCCGCGACUGGCUCACGCGGCCCUUCUCCGAGGAUCGGACGCGCGCGUUCAUGCGGCAGCUUCUGGACGCUGCUAAGAAGUUGCACAGCACCAGGACGCUUCACCGUGACAUAAAGCCGGAGAAUGUCCUCCUUGUCCCCGGCGGCGUGCUAAAGAUUUGCGAUUUCGGUUGCGCGACGCCAAUGAAACCCGCUGGGACGCCGUACCCCGAGCGGUGCGUGGGCACGACGCAGUACUGCUCGCCGGAGCAACUGAUGGGCAGCAGGUGCUACGGGCCUGCAGUGGACAUGUGGGCGUUGGGGUGCGUCAUGGCGGAGCUGCUGGCUGGCCAACCCCUGUUCGAGGCCGACACGGAGGAGGACGUGCUCCAGCAGAUAAAGGACCUGCGAGACGAGUUCAGUACGACAGGAUUGCAUGUGUUCGACGUCCUACCGGAGCUGUCGCAGGCCGGGCGCGAGGUCCUCGCCGGCCUUCUGAGAUUCGACCCCGACGAGAGGCUUACCGCAGCGGACGCGCUCAAGCACCGGUGGUUCACGGAGGAUGCCAAGUCCCCUGCUGUCGUAGAGGCAGAGUACCCUGGCUUUGUUCCUCUGUUCUCCGUAGCAUAG